UGCCACGUGGGCUGCUGCUUUACUGCGAGAGUUCCGAAUAGAUCAGACUGUGGCGGUGGACAGUGGACUGCGUGGAACCGAGGAGCAGCUGAAGCUGGGAGUCGGAGUCGCAGAGAGUCGGAUUUACCACAGCCGGAUCAAGGAUCAAGUCGGACCUGUCAUCGUUGAGAAGUCAAGUAAUCAUAUUUCGAAGUUGUGCUUUGUUUAUGGACGGACCGGACAGUUACAGUGAUUGAAAAUUUCACCUCAGAUGUUUUAGUGCUCACUGGUGGACAAAACAAGACGCCGAGAAAAGAGUUAAAGCUCUGUCGACGUUAUCAAAUUUUACCGUCGGACCAGAGAUGUCACAUUAGAGCCACACCCAGCAGCCAGCAGUGCGGGCGUGUUUCAUCAGCUGGCUGGGGGUCAGCCAAUCGCGCCAUUUGUAACUUGUAAGUCAUCACAGGAAUCGAUAAGCAGACUUGAGUCGCUGUGGUGAUCCAUACACGGUCGGCCAGUGCAGUGGUGGUCAAAGUCAUUGUGGUGGUGUGCUGUUGGAAGUUGAAACGUCGCGUCGCUGGUAGUCAGCUUGUGCUUCAUUUCAAUUUCGCCUAAACCCAGCGGCGUCAACCAGCAGCGUUUUCCUCCGAUAUGGCGGAAAGUGCCGCACCUGUUACAAACAAAGACGCACCUGUCACAGAUGGCAUGGCUGCGUUCAGCGGCGCACCGUCCUCUGAGAGCGUCUCCACCCCUGUCACUGUCGACAUUGCUGCUUCCGAGACAAGCAAUGGACACGGGACCAGCAAUGGGCACGGCGCCUCUGGGACCUCAUCCACCACUCAUCAGUCAGAAAACUCCCUCUCCGACGAGCCGCCCAUCGCCAUCCGUCCGCUGGCCGUCUCCGACUGUGAGCAGCUGGUGGACCUGCUGUACGCCAUCAACCAGCUGGAGGGCAGGGACAUGACGCUGCCGCAGCUGAGCGCCGCCGACCUGACACGCGAGGCGUUCGGCUCUCAUCCGCCGUCGUUCCGCUGUGUGGUCGCCGAGCGCGCCGGCCGGCUGGUAGGCCACGCCAUAUUCACCGUGUCCUGGGCCGGCUACGACGGUAUCGGUAAAUGUCUCUACAUGACCGACCUGUACGUGAACCCGGCGCUGCGCCGGCGUGGCGUCGGCCGCCGCCUGCUGCAGGCCGUCGCCGCCGCCGGCGUCCGUCUCGGCGCGCCGCACAUCGACUUCAACGUGUACGCCUGGAACGAGCCGGCCGUGCGGUUCUACGCGGGAUUCGCAUGUCGCUCGGCCACCGCCGAGAGCCGCAUGGAGUGCUACUACUGCGAGCAGCCGGCCGUCCGCCGGCUGGCCGAGGCGUACCACGCUGAGGAGCGCUCCGCAGACGCGCCGGUCAAGUAGACGCCGGCCCCCGGCCCCGCUGGCGCUGAAUUGUCUCAGUGUCACUGUGUGGCCGCUUUCGCCUCCCUGUGAUUGAU